GACGUUUUUCAUAGAAAAUUAUUUGGUUUGAAGCUAAUGGAAAAUCGGACCGUAGCCAAUCUGGAGGUUUCUUCGGAAGAGUCCAAGACGGACGAAUCUGAGAUCAGUUUGAUAGUCGAUGGGUUCGACUUAAUAAACGUUCAGUGCGAGGGAAAUUGUUAUCAAAAAAUUAGAUCCAUAUUGCAGCAAGCAGCUAACACAAUUAAAUUGAAAGAUCGGCAAAUUGACAAUCUUAUCAUGGCAUUAAACAAGAACUCUGAUGAUAAAAGUUACACAGAAAUUACAUUGAAGUACGAUAAUCAACUGAAAGAGGCGAACACUCUUCUACAGGAAUCGUUCUCAUUGAUCAAGAGUCUCGAAGCUCAAAAUCAGCAAGUGGAGGAUCGAUUGGCGGCGGCAGUAAAUGAAAAUGAUGUUCUUAUAAAGAGUUACGAGAUGAAAAUAAAAGAACUGGAAGAAAAAAUAAAAACAAACGAGACAGCAGUCAAAGAACGGAAACGAUUUCUUUGGUAUAGUGACAGAACGCUUGUGAUUGAAAAUGAUAUAGCUGGUCCCGGAUGGAUAGUAAUAUGUCGUUAUGGUAGAUUUCCAGGUCAAACUCAUAUGGAUGAUAGAGGUCUUUUCGAAACGCUGCAAUAUGAAGUGUACAUUGAUCGAGUACAUACGAAUGGAGGUACUUCCUACGCCCACUUCGACAAUUUUGAACGGCUUAGUCGAAAUAAUAUAAGUGAACAAUUGGUCAAAUCGCUGACUCUUAUUAGCAGCUCAAUAAAAAUUGAUAUGGGUAGUAUCUCUAAAAUGACUUUAGACGAACUUAAUACACAAUUUUCAAAGGAUUGUAAAAGUUAUACUUUGAUGGUAAAGCCAAAAAAUGUGCAAUUAAUGAAACUUGACCCAUCAAUUAGCUUGGUGAUGCUGUCGAAAUCGCUUAGGUAAGGCUUAAUUUGUGCCCAUUAUCAGUUAAAGUCCGGUUUUUUUACCGCUCCCAAAUAAGGCAGCACCUUCUUGCCAAGCACAUUAAGCUAUAAAAAUCUAUAGUCAUAGUACUAGAAUGUGAAUUAAAUUUUUGUUCCUAUCCGAAAAUGGGGUAAAACAUAUGUAUGUCCUGGCGUUGAUAAAGCAAUUUUUAAAUCAUAUUUGGACCAAUAUGUGAAUAAAAACAUUGAAGAAGC